AUGUUUGAACUACCAACGGUGCAAAACAGCAAGCGAAUACGAACGACCCGCAAACUUCGGUACCAAUACAUUAAUGCAUUGCACAGAGAACAUGCUAAACUCCAGGGCCAAUUGAACCCGGGAAUCGCAUUGCCAACUCCAGAAAAUUCUGCUGCAGAAGAAAGUAGCGACGCUGACGCACAAAGAGCUUCCAGUAUCGUCAGAAAAAGGCGUAAAAGAAGACUUCUCGGGGUCCUGGGAUGUGCGGAUUCUGACAGCGAACUUUCUGAUCUCGAGCCACAAAAUGGCGGCUAUCUUGACGCAGAGACCGGUUCCCAUUAUGACAGCGAAAAGGAGUUUUUCUCAAGACACGAAAAGCCGCAAGAGAGUUUUGAGUUGUGGAAAACUGACCAGCAUCUAGCUACCCCCAUAGUCUCCAGGACUAUCUCAUAUGCCGACUGUAGGCAGAUUGAGAAAAAUGCCCACAGAAGGACCAUGGCCAAAAAUACACAUAUCCCUCGGACUACACAAUUUCAAUACUCAGCCAUGCGAAAUGGCUCGGAGGUGUAUAUUCCACCUUCUCCCGCAUAUCACAGCAUUCACUACAGGCAACUGAGCGAACUUUUACAAACUAGCAUAUUACACAGAAAGUGGGAAAAUGCCUAUAGGUGUUUCUCUAUCCUGAUUCGUCUUCCGGGCGUCGAUAUCAGAGGCUUAUGGGGUGCCGGUGCAGCCAUUUUGGACGCCCUUUCGCCAUCAACCAAGGAUAUUGGCAGCACCACUGACUUUCUAGGCUGGCUUAGCAGCAUCUACACUUCCAGAAGCAACUUCAAUCAAAGCAUGAACUUGUCAUUAGAUCCAGUGUUCCGUUCAGGAUCGAAAACGCAUAGCGCGAAAUUUGUGAUCACUUGGCUGUGGGAGUCUUUAUUUGAGGCCUGCUCAGAUGGUAACCCUAGCUCCAAUAACUCAUACGACGGCAUCAAUAGCCGGUUGCCGAAGCUCAUGGAGAAAAUUUCAGAAAUGGUUCUGACACCUCCAUACAUGGAGGAUCCAGAAGUUUGGUUCAUUUACGCCCUCUGUUAUUUGGUGUGUGCUGAUCAACUCUCUGACCGGUUUAGCAGCCAAAAUGAUGCAUUCAGUGGGUUGGAGAAGGAUAUAGCAAGAAACCAGGUUACUCAAAACAUCACUAACGCACAUAACUGUUUGAAAAAUUGUUUAGACAAAGGCGAUUGUUUCAAAUUUCCCCAUCGUUUUCUUCAAGAGCAGUUGUCUGCUUUCGAGAAGAGACUUUACGGAACCACGAGCGACAGCCGGCCUUCGGAAGAAACCAAGAGCUUCGAGAAUAGUUCAUCUGAGCCCUCGGCUUCAGACUUGGACACCCAGGAGUUUCCUGUACCGGAGCUGUCGUCCAUUUUCAACGAAGAGGAAGAAGAUUUUUUUGGAAGGAGCGAAAGGGUUCAUUUUGGAUUUGACUCAGAAGAAAGCAGUAGCUGA